UCCAUCAGUCGUUGCGUUCCUUAGCCGUCGUGCAAAAGUAGCCUAGUUGAUUCAAAUCACUUUAGCAAACCACACAGUUAUAAGCAAAAAAUAGCAAAAAGUAUCUAUAGAAAGCAAUUUAGAGCAAAGCAAAGCAAAAGCGUUAUAAAUCUGUAAGCUGUAAUCAAAAAAUAAGCAGAAAGCAAUUUUCAUCAUUCAGUACCGCACGCUCUCUUCUCUUUACAAUAAUCCACCACUGAAGUAUCAGAUCGAAGCGGAUUGAAUUUAAUUGAUUUGAAAAUUUCGAAUAAGUCUCGAAACGCGUUCAAGUGCAAUCACACAAACAAACACAUAGAAAAGUAAACAAAAAUAAAUACAUCUUUGUAGAGCUUUAGUAAAAACUUCAAGAGCUUCGUAAGUAGUUGUGAAUUAAUUUUUGCUGGCUAAUUUCAAAUACAAAUUUAUAAACAAAAACAAAAGACGCUGCACAAAACAAAAGCACUCAAAACAAGCAACAAAAUUGUUAUACUUAUUCAAUUUUAACAAAUAAGCUUAAAAGUCAAAUAUAAUACCAACAAUCAAUCGUAGUUGAAGGACACAGUUUAGUCCAAAAUAAGUUAUUAUAAUUGAAAAAAGUGUGUAUACAGUCUCAUGUACAUAUAUAAACUAAAACAAAAAAACAUACAAUAAAAUAAUAAACAAAACUGAUUGAACCAGCUUCGAAGCCUAUGGUAAAUUUAGGUAUUUCAAAAUUAUCAAAGUUUUCGUGCCAUUAAGCUUUUUGCGCUUUGUCAGUGUUGUUUCUUCACCACCAAUAAAAAUUGAAGAGCAGCUCAAAUCUAGAACUACCAGAAGUAGUCAAGUUAAAGGAACCCAUUAUUUUGAAUUUGAAAGAACCUCGUAGCGUUGGAGGAACAAUUGUGAUUUAAUUGUGUAAUAAAUAAAAUAAAAUAAAAUAAGAAUAUAGAAAUAAAAAUAUCAAAUGACCUGUUCUGAGACCAAACAAAUUUAAGUACUUUGAUUGUUCAAGAAAAACCAAAAAUAACAAAAAAGCAACGUACUGAUAACCUAAAUAAAACAGUAUUCUCAGACCAGCAAUCAAUCAAUUGGAGUAAGCAAAUAGUCGGCAAACUUUUUCUCAAAGCAGCCAUACAUAUAAUAAAUAUUAGACAAGUAAAUAAGAAGAGAUUCAAAUUGUGACAAAAUCUAAUAAAGCAUUAAAGCGGCAACUCAGCGAAUAUAAAAAUUUGAAUACAUAUAUACAUAUGUACAUAAAUUAGUCUUUGCGCCGAAAAGCCGUCGCUACAUACGAAGUUCACUUGGCCUCACAUUCCAUCGAGCCCAAUAUUUGUUUUCAAUCGUGUAUCAAGCGGCUCACAUCGGUUUGAUAGCAUUUUAGCCGACGUCAGCGAAUUACCGCCAGUUGUCGACUAUAAAGCGCCCCAAGUGACUGGUCCAACUGGAAUCUGUAGUAACUUUAGAAAAACGAGCUGUGCCAAGUAGCGUUACCACAUUUCUUAGCCUACACCGCUCGAGUGUGUGCGUGUUGUUGAUUUUUCUCCCGACGCGUUAAGUAAAAGCCAACAAAAUUUCACACUUUGGAGUAAAUCUGUUUUACGUUAAGCAGCCAGCGGAGAUUUUUCCACCGCCAGCGCAAGCAAUUAAAGCGAUCAGUCCGCCAGCAGCAGUAUCAGCAGCGCCCGCCACCAUUCCAACGAAGAAACUCGUUAUGGUGACGCGAACGAAGAAAAUUUUUGUGGGUGGGUUGUCAGCGCCCACAACACUGGAGGAUGUCAAAAGUUACUUCGAACAAUAUGGACCGGUAUGUUGAAACCUUUAUCUCACUAAUUUCAUAACAAUGUUAUACACAUACAAUAGCUAAGAAAAAGUAAUAAGAAAAAGUAUGCAUUCACAAAUUUUAACUUAAAAACAUUGCUGAUGUAUGAUUGAAGACGCUAUGCUGAUGUUUGAUAAGCAGACCAAUCGCCACAGAGGUUUUGGCUUCGUAACAUUUCAGAGCGAGGAUGUGGUGGAUAAAGUUUGUGAAAUUCAUUUCCAUGAAAUCAACAACAAAAUGGUCGAAUGCAAGAAGGCGCAACCAAAAGAAGUCAUGCUGCCGGCCAACUUGGCCAAGACGCGUGCUGCCGGCCGCUCUGCUUACGAUAACAUCAUGUGGGGACUGGGGACACUACCCGACGGAUUUCCGGCAGCCGCAUAUGCAGCCUACGCAGCAGGACGUGGUUACUCGGGAUAUCCAAGCUUCGGUUUGCCUUACCCUGCUGUGGACUUAACUAAUGGACAACUAACGCCGAACAACAAUACACCCCUACUCACUCAGGCAUUAUCAGUGAUGAACAACUAUCAAGCUGCAGCUGCUGCAGCUCAUAGCUUUGGGCCUUCCGCAUCCCCACAUACAGCCACCACCCGACAGGGGUUUCCUUCGACCAACUCCCCUGGGCCUACCAUUGAUAUGUACAGCUCGAAUGCAGCCGAUAACGUCGGCUAUGUACAGGCUACCAGCCCACAGCCUUCUGGAUUUCCGAUUGCUGUGAGUCGGGCACCAUUAAACUACAGUCCGGGGCCACUAAUUCCUGCGGCAUUUACAAAUGGAUACCAUUAAAUUGUGGCGAUGGAUUGCAAAUUGUACACCAGCAACAACAGAGAACAACAACAAGAAAAUAUAUAUAAAACCGCAACUGAAAAUUAAAGCAAAUAAUAUUUUACAAACAGAAAACGCAUAAUGAAUUAGGGCAUACAGGAAAAGGUGAAAAAGUAACCAAAAAUCUACACAAAAAUAAAAUAACCAAAUACACCAAAUACACAUACCAUACAUAAAUAAUACAUAAUAAAUAUUUAAUAAUAAAUAUUUAAUAAUAAAUAAAGUAAAUAAAUAAAUAUGCGCAAUGUAAACCAACAUAAAUCAACAUAAACACAAAAAAAUACACAAAGACAUACAUUCACAUUCACAUAUUUGCAUAAGCCAAAUUUUAAACGUGCAUAUGUGCGAAAUUAUACAUAUGUAUGUACAUACAUUCACACAGUUAUGUAUUUAUAUACACGUUACAAAAACUCAGCGCAUAUUUUAAUUAUGUUAAAAAUAGCUACAAGAUAUAUUUGAAACUGCAAAGCAGCAAAUACAGGAAUGGCAAGAAAGCGGAACAGCAAUUUCAAUUACUCAUACUGGCAAGAAAUGCAACACCUAAACUGAAUAAAGCAUAAAGCUUAUUCACAAAGACAGGGCGGAUGAAGAAUGACAAGUCUCGAAUAAAGCGGCACACAAUUGAUUAUUUGGACAAAGCGACAAACGAACGGAAUAUUUAAAUAUCCUUUGGAGUGCAAGACGUCGCCGUUUUCAAAGCAAAAGUAGCAACAACGAAUUGGAGCGAAUACUGUGUAGUUGUAAUUAAUAACAUUACCCUUCUAAAUCCAUGUGUAUGUAUUACUAAUACAACAUAUGCAGCUACAUAUUUACAUAUCUGCAUCCCCC